AUGCUCAGAAGAUAUACAUUUAGUAGAGGGUAUCUCUGCCGAAACCUUUUUAGAGAUUCGUCAACGGUAUGUCCUAAACUAAAGCGGGAAUUUAGCAUGUCUCAAAUUUCAAAUCUUAGGCAUAAAAAGGAGAACAUCGAUACAAAAGAUCUGAAUCGAGUGAACUCCAGAUUAAAUGAACAGUUACUAGCUUUAGAAAAAAUGACUAAGGAGGUCAAGAUGGAAAUACAAAAAAAGAAAGAGGAAAAACAGAAGGUUGAUCUCUCAAAUGAAUUAGGGCACAAGGGUUCUGAUGAGGCAACUGAAAAGGAUAUAGACGAAGUGUUCGAUGCAUUAGGCAUAUCAUCUCAAGAGCAAACUGUUGAAGAAAAAUUGCAAAUUGGAGACUCCAGUAUGGCAGAUUCACCAAGUUCAAGACUUGAUUUGAACAACUGCGACGAUUUAAUGACAUUGUUUCCAUCGCCAAAGCCAUAUGUCCCCUUACCUGGAUCGAUUACCAAGAUAUUAACAACAGAGCAAAUAUCUAAUAUAACACAAAGAGAAACAGCACGCUGGGAGCCGGUUAUAGAUGCGAUUUUGCAAAGCAGUGUCUGUGAUCCACUUAGUGAAACACUUGUUGAUGAGCCGUUUACAGGGUUUGAUUUCCACAAACUCGUGAGUGUUAUUCCUAGAAAAGAUAAAAUACCAAUUGUUGAAAAGCUACAUGAGUUAGCUUUAACAAGUGGUGUUUUAUGGGGUGAUGUUCGUGUCCUUAAUGACCUAUUGGCUUUGUGUAAUUUGUUACCAAAAGGCAAGGCAAAGACGAUAGUUGACUUGCUAUUAAAGGAUGUCGAUUUGGGUGAACAAAAUGACAAAAAGGAAACAGCUAAUGUGACUACUCGUGACGAACCUAUCAAGGCCAAUAUUACCACUAAAUCUAUAUUGUUGAAUCACUAUGCUCGACUUGGUGAUGUAGUAAGUGUUCGUAAAUAUGUCAGUGAAUUGAACCAGUUACCAAAAGAUAAAAAUCCAAUGAUGAACUCUCCCAUAAUCUAUACAUCAAUCAUGCAAAUGUAUAUUAGGCUGGACAAUUAUGAAUUGGCUAAGCAAACAUUUGAUACGAUGAAGUUCUUGUCAUUGUCUACAUCGCCAUCUCCCCAUACUUAUACAUCAAUGAUUUUACUAGAUACUUUACAUAACAAUAUAGAGCACGGUAUUUCUGUUCAUGAGGAAAUGCAAGAAAAGGAUAUCAAGCCUGAGCCUGAAGCUUUACUUGCUUUGGCCAAAGGUUGUGGAGCAAGGAGAGGGCUUGUUUCGCAAGGUUGGAAUUAUAUAAUUCAAUAUUAUGAAAAUGGAUACCCAGUAGAUAGUCAAGUGAUGGAGAUAAUGAUGUAUUUAGCAUAUGUUGAUGGUGACUUGCCAUUUGUUCGUGGUAUCUGGAUGAACAUAUGCGAAACUAAUACUAAAUUGGCAGGAAACAUACAAUUACCGCAUCCAAGAGCUACCAAAUGGUUAUUCAAUGCAUACUAUAAGGUAGGUGACAUAAUGGAUGCCGCUAAAGGUGGUAAAACUCAUACACCGGUGGGAAUCGUCGAUUCCAGGGUUAGGGCAAUUCGUACAAAAGUUUUGGAAUUGACAAGUUUUGACUUCCAUUCCAAUUCACCACCUUUACUGCCAUUGAUUGAUUUUGACGGAUCAAAUACCAAGUUGAUGCUAAGCGAAGCCCAUGCCAUUUGGAGAUAUAUACUUGAUUUGGAUGUUAAGGGAUCCUACAUUAGUGAAAGUCUAGUGGAAGCAUACCUCUAUAUCGUUGGCAGAUACGGCCUCUUAGAGACAUUUGAAAGUGAGUGGAAUAGGUUGACAUACUUUGACACUUCCAGUUUGCAGGGGGAAGUCAUCAAUAUUGAGGAACCUGAUGGGUCAGACGCAGUCGAUAUUGAAAAUGAAACUGAUAGAAACAAUACUAGUACUACUUCUGUGAACCCUAUAGAAUCUGCAUUUAGCCACCUACCAAUGGGUAAAUUACCGCGGAAUGAUCGGUUUUACAACAUGGCAAUGCAUGUAGCAAGACAUCAAGCAAGUUUAGCAUUUGCACAAAAGAUAUGGACAGAACGUGGAAGUUUCCGUAAAAGUGAAAGCUUCCAACGGCUUACUCCCGCCCAACAAGAUGUUGCUGACUUCAAGUUUGCAAGGCUAAUGCUGAGCGCACUCACACAUACAGGUAAUGUUGGGGAUGCCUACAAGCUCGUUCUUAGCUCGCAGAACAGAUUUGUGUGGAGCAAAUACCACUUGAAAAGUUUGUUGAGCCUUUGCGAACGCCUCGGUUACACGAGUUUUGCCAAAGAGCUCUUAAAGGUUGUGCGGAGGGGGGCCAAAUGGACCCGCCGUCAAGAAAAGUUAGAAGAGUAA